AUGAAGGUCCUCAUCCUCGCCUGCCUGGUGGCUCUUGCUCUUGCAAGAGAGAAGGAAGAACUCACUGAAUCCACUGAGACUGUGGAAAGUCUUUCAAGCAGUGAGGAAUCUAUUACACACAUCAACAAGCAGAAACUUGAGAAUCUUAAACGUGAGGAGCAGCAGCAGAGACAGGAGGAACGCCAGAAUAAAAUCCACCCCUUUUUCCAGCCACAGCCUCUAGUCUAUCCUUAUGCUGAGACCAUUCCUUCCCCUGUCCUUCCACAGAACAUCCUUCCCCUUGCUCAGCCUGCUAUGGUGCUGCCUUUCCUUCAGCCUGAAAUAAUGGAAAUCCCCAAAGUUAAGGAGACCAUCUUUCCCAGGCACAAAGUGAUGCCCUUUCUGAAAUCUCCAGUAGUGCCCCUUUUGGACAGCCAAAUCGUGAAUCUCACUGAUCUUGAAAAUCUGCACUUGCCUCUGCCUCUGCCUCUGCCUCUACUCCAGCCCUUGAUGCACCAGAUCCCCCAGGCUCUUCCUCAGACUACCAUGCUUCCUCCUCAGCCACUGCUGUCCAUCCCACAGCCCAAAGUCAUGCCUUUUUCCCAGCAAAUUGUGCCCUAUCUCCAGAGAGACAUGCCCGUGCAAACCCUACUGCUGUACCAGGAUGCCACCCGUGAGGCCCAACCUGUGACUGCCCCAGUUUACAAUCCUAUUAUUGUAAGUCCAAACUUAAUAAUUCUGCUGUCUCACUUAUGA